AUGAAUUACGUUGGAUCGUUGCUAAAGUUCUCUUAUCCGAAAGAAGGUGAGUCGAAUACAAAGCUUCUCAUGUACGAUUUUUGUUUCAGAAGGACACGGGAACAUAUUCAAAGUAAGUUUUCUUUCGAGCUAUUCACCAUAAAAUCACAAAACAAACACUUCUUAAGAAGAAUAAAACGAAAGAUGCGAAAGAUCAUAAUAAGACACGUGAGGAAAUUCUUCCUCCAGCAUUCUCCAGAUCAUCAGAAGAAAAUGUGAAGAAAAAAGCAGGAAAGUCGGAUGAAGAGAAACAAAAUCAUAAAAAAGAAAAGGAUAAGCAUGAGAUUACAAGACAUGAAAGAUUGAAACCGGACAAAGAUAAGACUAUCAUCGAAAAAGAGAAACCGGAGAAGGACAAGCAGACGGAACCAAUGAUUGGAACUCCAAGAUUACCGGAAGAAGGUGGAGAGCCGGCCACCGAGUUCGAAAAAGUUAUCGGCGCAGAACUCUACCGUUUUCCAAACCAAACUACUAAACUAUUGUGGAAAAAAGGCAAGUUUGAUCCAUAAACAGAUAAUUCUUAAAUUUCAGAUAAACCAAAGUCUGCUGAAAAAGUAGACGAUAGUGAUGAAGAGGUUGGUCGUUUUUUUUUCAGUUUAGAAAAAAGUCUGCGAUUCCAAUCACCAAAAUAUUUGUCGCUUUUCGAAGUUUUCCUGAUUAUGUUAAAAGCUAGUAUAUUUAUCUAACUUGGUUAAUGGUUGAUUAAAGUUGGAAAGAACAACUAAAAAAAUAAUAAAAAAAGAAAAAAAUUUGUUCAAAAAUCUUAUACUCACGAUGCAUAAAAAUUUUUUUAUAUUAAUUAACAGCCUAUCUUUUUCGCUCUUACCAAGACAAAAAAAUGUUUUCAGUUGCCAAAAAACCCGGAGGAACGAAUGAAGAGACUGGAAAAAGAUAAUGCAAAACUUCGAAAUGAGAAUACUCGCUUGAGGCUUCGCGUCGCCACAAAACAAGUUGUUCGUAAUUUGAGCUAAUUGAAAAAAAAGAAAAAAAAACUAGGAUAUAAUUAUACAACUAUGAAAAUUAACAAAACUUCUCCUCAUUCAUCUCAAAUCGUUCAGGAAUUUUUUUUUCAUCACUCAAAUUUUCAGACCAUCGAUGCUUUGCGUGAAGAACUUGCUGUGAUCAGUGAGUAGUCGCUCAGAAACUCCAUUUCCUAGCACUUGUGAGAAAUUUUUUUAGAUGAAAAAAUAGAGAACGAUGAAACGUCGGAUAAACUUGAUGAAGCCGACAGAGACGCUGAGGUACAGAACUCCAAUCAAGUAAUAUCUUAAUAUAAAAUCCCAGACAGAGAAGCCGGCUUUGGAAAUUUUGCAAAUGAUAUCCAAAGAUCAUUUGAUCAAAGGUCCUGUUUUUUCAAAGAUAAAUGAACCAUUAAAAAUUCCAGGAGUUUUAUCAGAUGCAGAAGAACGCCUAAUAUCGCGUUUUUUCGAUAUGGGAGUAGCCAAGCCAAGUGACAACGUAAAUUGAAAAACUUUAUUAUAAAACUUGAACAUAAUUCAGGUCGCGAAACUCAUAGAAAAAAGCUUCAUCGCUGCUCUGAUUUCUAUAACAAGCGAUGAAUCGCGUCUCAAGCGGUUGCAACCUGAAGCGAAAGCUCUGGUCACUGGAGACCGCAAAAAGGUUUGAAAACAUAAUCCCAACUCAGUUCAAUGAAUACUGUUUGAGGCCACCAGAGGUUUGAAACUAGCUCUGAUGAACAACCGAGACACGAGCAUGCCGGAUGAAUGGAAAAAAAGGCCUAUGGUUCGUAAAAAACACAAAGAAGCGAGCGAUUGAGAUGAAAAUGUUUUCAAACAAAAGAAUUAUGCAAUAAAGAUUUUCUUUCCAAUUUUUUAUUGUCAGAUUUAUUUUGAAAUAAAAAUGAGAGAAAAUUUAAAUUUUUAACUCGACCAAAAAUAUUGAAAAGGUCUAACCUGUCGAAACUGGAAGUAACUCAAAUGAGAAGAAGCAAAGAAAUCGAAAAAAGUUAAUUAAUAUACUGAUUAAUAACCGCUCGUUUGAGAAAGUAUUUAAUCGAGGUCUUCCAGAAUUCUGUUCACAAUCAACAAAAAUACCCAAAAAAAACUGAUGACAAGAUUAUUUAGCGCAUCAAAAAGAACGAUUUGAACAAAGUUCCAUCCAUGGAGAUUCUUGUUCUAGACGAUCAAGAUAAAGCAAAACUCGUGUACAUUGGAAGAAAAGGCAGGUUGAAACGUAUUUUUCUCCUUAUUAGAAAUACUUUAGUAGUGAAAAAGAAGAACGGCAAGGAGAAAGAAAAGCAGCCACCCAUAAAAAUUGAGAUUCCAACAGCGACAGUGAGAAUCCUUUUUUGAUCUUCAAAAAAUGGGAUUUUAUUCUGAAGUUGAGGAUUGCAGGAAACAAGCGGCUUCCAUGGCGUACCAAUUUCGAAAGAACCUGGGAAAUCUCCGCCGGCUCCUGCUCAACCUUUCUGUUCCACACCACCUCCAAAAGGACACAAGUCAACGCAUCCGAACAACUCGAAAGAAGCCGCAGUCCGAUCUUAUUACGUCACCUCGUUUAUAGAUUGA